AUGCUGUUGUCGACGAGAUUAACGGGGAUAGAGGGCGGAGCAGGUUGUAGCGUACAGCCGUACCUGAUGUUGUUAUCGACGAGAUUAACGGGGAUGGAGGGCGGAGCAGCGGCGGCGCAGGAAACGGCUCUAGUGGAGGCGGUGACCGGCCGGUGGCAAGAAACAGAGGAGAGGGAAUACGCUUUUGGGCAAAACGGGAAAGAGCGUGCCUUUUUUAUUUUUCAGAUACAACGCCAAGGCUUCUUUCUACCUUCAAUUCCAUCAAACACUUGUUUAUUUUCCCCUACAUCUCUGCCUAACUCAUUGAAUCUGCAUUCCCCGACACAGCCGCUUCUUCGAGGAGCGAAUCAGGGUGUUCUUGGCAUCGCAAGUGAAAUUAGAAAGGAAAUCGUGGAAUCAACCGGUGAUUCAGAGUCUUUGAUAUCAAAUCUCAAGUGUCAUUACUCUUUAGAAGAUUAUGUUAGAUUGAAAAAAAGGUGUUGUAAGGAAGACGUGAUCUGUGGUGGCGGUGAUUCUAAUGGAUCAUGCAAGAAUAGGCUUGCUGGUAUUGCUGCCACUGCUCCUCCCUGUGCAACCUCGUCUCUGGUUUUAUCAGGUAGAGGGAUUAAGCGGAAAAUUGGGUGUAUCGAUGUAGCUACUCAAAUGGGUAGGAAGAACAAGAUCGCAGAGGAUUAUAUUAAGGGUGCGACGAUUGGGAAAGGUGAGGAGACAGUUCAUAGGGAGGUUGAGAUAAUGCAGCAUUUGUCAGGGCAUCCAGGAGUUGUGACAUUGAAAGCAGUGUAUGAGGAUUCAGAAUCAUUUCAUCUAGUUAUGGAGUUAUGUUCAGGAGGUAGAUUGAUUGAUCAGAUGACAAAGGAAGGUCGGUAUUCUGAGCAAAGAGCUGCUAAUAUAUUCAAGGAGUUGAUGAUGGUGAUUAAAUACUGUCAUGAUAUGGGUGUGGUCCAUCGGGAUGUGAAGCCAGAGAAUAUUCUUUUAACAGCUUCAGGGAAAAUUAAGCUUGCAGAUUUUGGCUUGGCAAUGAGGAUCACAAAUGGUCAGAGCUUAGCUGGAUUGGCUGGAAGUCCAGCGUAUGUUGCACCAGAAGUGAUAAUAGGGAAUUAUUCAGAGAAAGUAGAUGUAUGGAGUGCUGGAAUUCUUUUGCAUGCACUUUUAGUUGGUGUUUUGCCAUUUCAAGGAGACUCUUUGGAAGAUGUUUUUGAGGCAAUCAAAACUCGGGAACUCAAUUUCCACACCGGAAUCUGGGAUUCCGUUUCCAAACCCGCCCGUGAUUUGCUCGAACGCAUUCUCACCCGGAAUGCUGAUUCCAGAAUAUCAGCCGAGGAAGUACUAAGUCAUCCAUGGAUUAUAUUCUACACGGAGCGCAAUUUAAGGUCUCUAUCAUUCAAGUCAAAGUCAAAGCAGCAGCAUGUGAUAACAGCCACUGCAUCUGCAUCAACUGUAGUGGAGUUGGAAUCAAGUAGAAAGAAGAAGAUGGUGAUGAUGGAUGAUGGAAUGAAGAAGUCAUCAUCUCCAUUAAUAUUGUUAACAACAUCAGUUUCAGAAGAACAGGUUGAGGAUGAGGAUGAUGAUAGUGGUUUGGUUGAUGCACUUACAGUUGCAAUCUCUCAUGUCAGAAUAUCAGAACCCAAGAGGAGCCGAUUGUGUGUGCCCACAAGUCCCAUUAGAGAACAGUGCUCCUCUACAACUAAUAACCACCUCUGCAAAGCAUGUUGACUUUACUUGACUCUCUCUCUCUCUCUCUCUAACUUUGACUUACUACUGAAAGCUUAAUGAAGAAUGAAGAAGUUGGUAUAUAUAGUGAAUGUAAAUAUAAGCUAGUAAUGAUGAUGAUGAUUUAUGUAGAUUGGUUUGGAGGGCCUGCUAUUAUUGUGAUAUGUUUGCUUGCUCUUUUUCUUAUAUUCUCUUGUCUUUCUAAAUCUGGAAACUUUAGCAAGCAAGCACAGACUCUGAAUGAAUAUGAAUACUAGUAAUAAAUUGUUCAAAUGGGUUUGAUCAAUAUCGAUUUUCUUUAUCUUUAAGCGUAAAAGUUGGUGUGAGCUAUUACUUGAAGUCUUAUUUAAGAGAUGAUAAAU